AAAAAUUUCGUGGAAAAUGCCAGUUGAAGAGAAAGUAUUCCUUGAGGAUAACGUCGGAAAACGAUUAGAUCGCUGUGUAUCAGAUACCAUUGUUAAAGGAGGUGGAGGACUUAUUAUUGGAUCUGCUGUGUCCCUACUCUUUUUCAGACGACGAGCGUGGCCGGCAUGGCUGGGUACUGGAUUUGGAAUUGGCGUGGCAUAUAGGACAUGUGAAAAAGAUUUAAACAGUUUGAAGUAGAAUGUAAAUAAGAGUUAGUUUCAUUCUGUUCAAUUAAUUCAUGUGGUAUAGAAGCAAAUAAUGUAGUAUGUUAGAAAUAAAUUCAUGACGGCAUUCUCUGUUCGCUAAAUACUGGGUGCCAAAUAAUA